CAGACACCCAGCAAACCCAUGUUGCAUGCUGGUGAACCCAAGUGUUGGCUCCUGUUUAGGGAUUAGGGCGGCAGUCUGCGAGACUCGACACUCGACACUCGUCUCCUCCCAGCCAUACUUUGUUGCUUACCCUCAUCACACUUUCAUUCCUCCUUCUCAUCAAAAUGGACCACCAUCACGACAGGAAUCACGAAAACAACCAUGGCUACGACGACGAUGUCGUAGCGUAUAUCUACCCGGCCGUGGGUACCCGGGGUUAUCUCGAGGCGGCGCGCAGCAUCGACGAGAGUGCAGCGAGCCCGCUGUACCUGGGUCCAAGACGCCGUCGUCAUCGGGUUGUCGAGACGUCGCAAUCGGGACCUGCGGACAUCUUCGCCAGACAUGAGCGAGAGCGGACGGUGGAAGAGGAUGACGACGAGGGGCAAUUGCACGGCGACCUGGACUACGAGGCCUGUAUACGAGUGACCUUCGACAGCACCCCCAAGACCCGCUAUGGCCUGAGGGUUGGUCGGGACAGCGACGCCGAGUUCCGUGUUCUCGAUCUCCCAGGCGUCAGCGCCUACCACUUCGCCCUCAACUUCGAUGCCAACUAUCGCCUUAUCGUCCGAGACCUGGGGUCCAAGUAUGGCACCAGCGUUAUUUAUGACGACAUGGAACGGGGCCGGUGGCGUAGCUUUGACUGGAUCGUGGGCGGGAGCGACUUUCUACAGAAAGUAAACACCAUCGUCGUCAAGGUGACUAAAUUCCUACAGUUCCGGCUCGCCAUACCUCGACACGACGUCGACUCCAAAUCCUACCGGGACAGAGUGGAAAGAUUUCGCGCGGGUGUGACGGAUGCCGAGCAGGUCCUCGAUCUUGGCCGUCUCGGUCCCUUAAGCCGGGUUAAUACCGCAGCCCCGUCGGGCGCGCGAACGCCGACCUCGGGCCCCAGCAGGCAUGUGACGGUACACAAGAAACUCGGCACGGGUGGCUUUGGGGUAGUCUACCACGUCUGGAACGUCAGUACCAGCGAGGAGUAUGCGCUCAAGGAGCCGAGGAAAGGCUCAGGCAAUGAUGCUCAGUGGAAGAGGGAGAUUGUCAUCAUGAAAAGAAUCAGCCACAAGCAUAUCGUCUCGUUGAUAAACUCGUGUCUGCCGCCGUCGCCGUGGCUUCACCUCGAAUACAUGCCUGAGGGCUCUAUCAGCGACCACCUUCAUGCCGGCAAAUCCUUUGACGAGCGUGAAUGCAAGCAGAUCCUUGCGCAGUCGUCGGACGCCCUAGCCUACCUACACUCGCAAGACCCCCAGAUCGUGCACAGAGACGUCAAGCCCGGAAACAUCCUGAUCCUGCGCCGCCGUCCAGACGAUCUCUUCAUCAAGUUCGCAGACUUUGGCAUCUCGCGCGAGGGAGACACCCUCAAAACCUUUAUCGGCACGUACGCCUACCUGGCUCCCGAGGUUUACGAGGGAAAAAGCAUCACGCGGCACCGGCGGCCCACUUAUACGGCCCUUGUGGAUGUUUGGUCGCUGGGUGUUGUUCUCGCCAGGCUCCUGUGCGGACUUCCCAAACAGGAGGAAAUAGACAACACGGGAGUGGAAUGGUGCGAAAGCAUCCGCGAAAGGGUGGAGCGGGCCCUCCGGCAGGGUCACCGCCAAGGCCAACGACAGGAUUUGUUGUCGUUCGUUCUGGAAUCGAUGCUCUGCCUCGACCCAAACGACCGAAAGACGGCGGCAAAGUGCCACAAGGAGGCCCUCAAACUCCUGUUCGACAGCAACAGCGUUUCUGAAAGCGAUAACGACCGAGGAGAAGCGGACGGCCACCACCAGCACCAGCAGUCGGACACCAAAGCGUCUACAAUCCUCGCUGGGAAGGCGGAUGGGAGCUUAUCGUCGCUUAGCAGAUACAUUAACCACACGGACGAACUGCUGGGACGGCGACGGGACCGCUCCUGCAGGGCCCCGUCUCCCGAGACGGUGGUCCCGCUCCAUGCAGUGCAGCUGCUGGAAAAGCUCCGCAAUCCUCAGGACAGCCUCUUUUACAAAUCCAGCUUCGGAAGGGCCUCGGACUCGGAUUCUGGCUCGGACUGCAGCACCAGCGCGCCUGCGACCGUUAUAAUAGCUCGGGACACCGUCGUUGAGCCGCAGACCCAGGAGCAGGAGGACAUGCCGUCGAAUGCCCUAAUCCGGGAGGCGCUUGUCAAUUUCCUCAACAACGGGACUAGUGCGACGCUUUCGGUCAAGAGAUCCAGGCCCGCCAGCAGGAGCCCUGGUUCUAAAAGCCCUCGGGUAUUGUCGGCUGGGGGAGCAGACGGCGGUGUAGGAGAUGGUCUGAGCGCGAGGACGGCGAAGAGGAAUAGGACUGUGCGGGGGGCGGGAUUGGAUGGGCUGACCAAAUCGGUGGUUAUAUAAAUAAAUGCAUGGAAUGGAACAGAUGUGGUGGUACAGAAAGCAGGGUUUAAUGUUGUUAAUUUAUGAUUUAGAUAUGGUAGAAAUUUGAUGCUAUGUGGCCG